UUUGACUUUUGUCAAUGUUUUGUUUUACAAUUACGGUUUACUGGCGAUAAGUAUGGAGUUUUUAGAUCGCCAUUAAAACUUUUAGAAAAAGCUUCUAACUAAAACAUCGAUAAAGAUGUCCCAACAACUGAUCAACGAGAACAGCAAAUAUAUAUUAGAUUUAUUUUCAGAACAAACAGUCGAUUCUCAGAGCCUGGAGUCUAUUUGUAUACAAGUGCAAAAGAGGUUUCCGAAAUCGGAACAUUUUAAUUUAUCACUUCUGCUAACAUCCUUAGUCACAGGGGGCGACCUACCACUGCCAGGUCAAAGGGUGGUAGCUCUAGCACUGAUAUUUGAAUUCUAUAAGGGUGAGAACCCCUUUAGCCCCUUGUUCCUCCACCUGCUGGAUGGUAAGCCAGGGUUACUGCCCCUGGCACCACAAGAGAGACUGUUCAUAGCACAGCUGCAUGGGUUUAUACCGGCUAAUAUUAAAGAUGUAUUCAAAAAGUCUGCAAAACAGGUGAUGCUAUGUGAAGUGUCAUCAAAAGAGCUGGACUUUGACUAUUCCUCACUGCAGACAGUAAUUUCUGAAAGGGUGGCUGACGUUAGUGCUGUGGCAAAAGCUACUGUGCCUGCACUAGUGGCUCUAAGUGAUGGAAGUGCACCAAACCGGUUGGCUAUGAAAGAGCUUCUGGAAGCAUUGAUGUCAAAUGAAUAUCUGCCGUUGCACCGGACUCUGCAGCCGUCGGGCCCCAUACCACCACCACUGUUUAUGUUGGAUCCCAUGGAUUAUUCCUUUUCUGAUGAGGGAGUGUGGAAGAAUCUAGUGAACCGAGGCACUUAUGUGCCUCUUUACGAUUCAGAUGUCGACGGUCUCAUAGGACUCAAGGCAACAGUACCGGAGAAAGUAGACAAGCGGACACAGAAUGUGCCCAAAGAAGUUAAAGUUAAGGAAGAGAAGAAGGAAAAGCCAGAAGAGAAGAAAUCAGAGGAGAAAGAGAGCAAAACCCCGGUGGGAGAGGCACAGGAGCUGACUCAGUUAGCUCUGAAGUCAGCUUUAAGCGUGCCGCACCAGCAGAGGCUGUUGGCGCUGCUGGAGCAGGACCCCGACAUUGUGUACCAGAUAGAGGUCACGCCCUACCAGUUGCCCGACUUGGUGGAGAACAACCCGAUGGUGGCUAUAUCGGUGCUGCUCAAACUGAUCCACUCGCAGCACAUCACCGACUACUUCUCCGUGCUGGUCAACAUGGAGAUGUCGCUGCACUCCAUGGAGGUUGUCAACAGGUUGACAACGUCGGUGGACCUGCCGGUAGAGUUCGUGCAUCUGUACAUAAGCAACUGCAUAUCGACGUGCGAGACCAUCCGCGACCGCUACAUGCAGAACCGGCUGGUGCGGCUGGUGUGCGUGUUCCUGCAGUCGCUCAUCAGGAACAAGAUCAUCAACGUCAAGGUCUGUUACUUACGUAUCAUCAUCAGCAACUGCAUAUCGACGUGCGAGACCAUCCGCGACCGCUACAUGCAGAACCGGCUGGUGCGGCUGGUGUGCGUGUUCCUGCAGUCGCUCAUCAGGAACAAGAUCAUCAACGUCAAGGUCUGUUACUUACGUAUCAUCAUCAGCAACUGCAUAUCGACGUGCGAGACCAUCCGCGACCGCUACAUGCAGAACCGGCUGGUGCGGCUGGUGUGCGUGUUCCUGCAGUCGCUCAUCAGGAACAAGAUCAUCAACGUCAAGGUCUGUUACUUACGUAUCAUCAUCAGCAACUGCAUAUCGACGUGCGAGACCAUCCGCGACCGCUACAUGCAGAACCGGCUGGUGCGGCUGGUGUGCGUGUUCCUGCAGUCGCUCAUCAGGAACAAGAUCAUCAACGUCAAGGUCUGUUACUUACGUAUCAUCAUCAGCAACUGCAUAUCGACGUGCGAGACCAUCCGCGACCGCUACAUGCAGAACCGGCUGGUGCGGCUGGUGUGCGUGUUCCUGCAGUCGCUCAUCAGGAACAAGAUCAUCAACGUCAAGGUCUGUUACUUACGUAUCAUCAUCAGCAACUGCAUAUCGACGUGCGAGACCAUCCGCGACCGCUACAUGCAGAACCGGCUGGUGCGGCUGGUGUGCGUGUUCCUGCAGUCGCUCAUCAGGAACAAGAUCAUCAACGUCAAGGUCUGUUACUUACGUAUCAUCAUCAGCAACUGCAUAUCGACGUGCGAGACCAUCCGCGACCGCUACAUGCAGAACCGGCUGGUGCGGCUGGUGUGCGUGUUCCUGCAGUCGCUCAUCAGGAACAAGAUCAUCAACGUCAAGGUCUGUUACUUACGUAUCAUCAUCAGCAACUGCAUAUCGACGUGCGAGACCAUCCGCGACCGCUACAUGCAGAACCGGCUGGUGCGGCUGGUGUGCGUGUUCCUGCAGUCGCUCAUCAGGAACAAGAUCAUCAACGUCAAGGUCUGUUACUUACGUAUCAUCAUCAGCAACUGCAUAUCGACGUGCGAGACCAUCCGCGACCGCUACAUGCAGAACCGGCUGGUGCGGCUGGUGUGCGUGUUCCUGCAGUCGCUCAUCAGGAACAAGAUCAUCAACGUCAAGGUCUGUUACUUACGUAUCAUCAUCAGCAACUGCAUAUCGACGUGCGAGACCAUCCGCGACCGCUACAUGCAGAACCGGCUGGUGCGGCUGGUGUGCGUGUUCCUGCAGUCGCUCAUCAGGAACAAGAUCAUCAACGUCAAGGUCUGUUACUUACGUAUCAUCAUCAGCAACUGCAUAUCGACGUGCGAGACCAUCCGCGACCGCUACAUGCAGAACCGGCUGGUGCGGCUGGUGUGCGUGUUCCUGCAGUCGCUCAUCAGGAACAAGAUCAUCAACGUCAAGGUCUGUUACUUACGUAUCAUCAUCAGCAACUGCAUAUCGACGUGCGAGACCAUCCGCGACCGCUACAUGCAGAACCGGCUGGUGCGGCUGGUGUGCGUGUUCCUGCAGUCGCUCAUCAGGAACAAGAUCAUCAACGUCAAGGUCUGUUACUUACGUAUCAUCAUCAGCAACUGCAUAUCGACGUGCGAGACCAUCCGCGACCGCUACAUGCAGAACCGGCUGGUGCGGCUGGUGUGCGUGUUCCUGCAGUCGCUCAUCAGGAACAAGAUCAUCAACGUCAAGGUCUGUUACUUACGUAUCAUCAUCAGCAACUGCAUAUCGACGUGCGAGACCAUCCGCGACCGCUACAUGCAGAACCGGCUGGUGCGGCUGGUGUGCGUGUUCCUGCAGUCGCUCAUCAGGAACAAGAUCAUCAACGUCAAGGUCUGUUACUUACGUAUCAUCAUCAGCAACUGCAUAUCGACGUGCGAGACCAUCCGCGACCGCUACAUGCAGAACCGGCUGGUGCGGCUGGUGUGCGUGUUCCUGCAGUCGCUCAUCAGGAACAAGAUCAUCAACGUCAAGGAACUAUUCAUCGAAGUAGAAGCCUUCUGCGUAGAGUUUAGCCGCAUCCGUGAGGCGGCAGCACUGUUCCGAUUGCUCAAACAGCUCGACUCUGGAGACGCCACGCACAAGGAAACCAAGGAAACUUAGAACCAAGGAAACCAAGGAAGCUCCAAUAAUGGCUUUAAUGAGAUUGUGUUUUUAACCGACUUCAAAAAGGAGGAGGUUCUCAAUUCUGUCGGUAUUUUUUUUUUUUAUGUAUGUACACCGAUUACUCAAAGACGCCUGGACCGAUUUCAAAAAUUAUUUUUUUUGGAUGCUCGUAAUGUCAGCCACUCAUAGGGUUGCCAACCGUACUAUAAUAAUAUAUAGUAUUGUAUAUCUUUGUAUAUUUACUUCAAAUGUUAUAGACCAUAAGCCCUUGAACAAAAAUUACCUGUGAAAUGAACCAGCAUGAAUAACGUUUAUAAGGCUGUUACUGUAUCAGAAAGUAACACACUCACCUGUACCGCUCAGAAAUGACGGCAUAGUGCUCAGAGUUAUUUUCUGAUAUAGUAACAGCCUUAUAAGCGUUAUUCCUGCUGGUUUGGGUUUGUAGUUCAUCAGCGAACUUUUUGAGCAAGAAAAAUGUAUUUUUCUUAAAGAAACAAACUUUUAUUAUUUAAUAAGACAAUUAUUGAACCAGAUCCUCAUUUAUACAUCAUAUUAUUCAUAUCCACGGGAGCUGAGCUAGAAAGAUGUAUGGAAUGACAUUUGCUAUCGACCGGUCACGUGAUCAAGAUCUGUAAUUCCCAUACAUUUUUCUAGCUUUCGAAGCGUUAGCGAUCGUAGAAAAAGAAUCGACAUGCCACUUGGAUAGGCAGGUGUUGUGAUACGUUGUAUCUCGGGAUUGAAACAUUGUCGACUGUAAAGUCCCUUGUCCUUACUGUAAUAGCAGUAAGUCACCGUCUCACCACUACACUGGACAGCAGCGCACGUCCGCCUCCUCUCGAUGCCAGAGAUAGACUGGCUGCUUUGUCCCACUACCGGUGUAUACACAACUACACAAACGCUACAUCGACCAAUAGCUGCCGAAUCGAAAAUAUCGCCCUCUCUUUCUUUGCGAUGGAACAACAGAACAGAGAGCUGUAUUUUCGAUUCCAAAAAAUACAAUAUUGUCUUCGUAGUUUGUAAGUUGUUUUGUAAAUAUUUAUCUUCAAUGUUUUGGUAUUUAAGCAAACCAUACAAAUCGAGUCCUCGGUCGCACAGUUUAGGGUAUUUUUUCAUAGUUGUGAUCAAUGAUGUUAAAUACUGUUAGAUGUGUUACUAGAUCAUGAAAAAUGAGGCGCUUAAAAGAGGAAAUUUCUACAUCUCAAUGUUACUUGUGGUCAACAAAGAACGUUAUUUAAACAAAUAAUACCUAAAUAUCGUCUACAAUGUCGAGUUGUGUGUUCAGGAAGUGUAAAAUCUAUAUAUACAUACUUAAAUAAAUAACGGAAUUAAAGACAAAAUUGUGCUUCUGUGAGCUCAGUUUUGUAGCCUGUAGUUCGGAUCACUUUUUGCGGUGAUUUUGUAGGGACUUAACCGAUCUACAGUAUAAAAUUAUCAUUGGUUGUAAUUAACUAACUUUUGGAUUCAGCUAAAUUUUUUACCUCUAUAUACUGCAACAUAUUAAACUUCAUCCGCCCUUAGAUCUCUUUAAUCCGGCCCUGUCGUAAAAUCCGUUAAACUACCUCUCUGCUAAAUUUCAUCUUUGUAAGAACAGCGGCCGGGGAUUGAACCCACGACCUGUCGGUGUUGAUUCCGGCCCCUUUACAAUGGAGCUUGAGGCUUAGUUUCACUUAACUUAAAAUACUUACUAGUAGACCAAGGAAGAAAAAAUGUUUUUAUUUAUAAACUAACUACUUAAAUUAAAAAUGUUUCAAUUUAUUUUGAAGGUUAAUUUAUAAUGUGUUUGAUAAUUAUAAUAAUAAUUUAUAAUAAUUAAUAGUCUAUAUCAGUGAGAUGUUAUUACUUUUAGAGAUACCUACCGAGCGUUAUUACCGACUUGAAGAGACUUCAACCCUAGCAUUGCCUUUGAGAAUUGUCUCAAAGGCAAUACUGGGGCUGAAGUCUUCUGGUAUUUAUAAUGUAUACCUAUGCAUAAGUAGUACAUUGUAGGUACAAAAAUGUGUCUUGUAAAAUUGAUAUUUUUGUUUAUACAUUACGGACCGCGUAGUUCCCGUUCCUGUGUGAAUACAGAUAUAAAAUAUAGCAUAUGACGCUCACAAAUAAAAUGGAUUUCUUGUGGAAAAUAUAAUUUUCAAAAUUAGCUUAGUAGAUCCAGAGAUUGCCCCCUACAAUACCACAAAGUUUACCUCUUCAUAAUAUUUUUUUUUACUAUAUAAAAAUGUCGGGUUUUCCUUCCUGACGCUAUAACUCCAGAACGCACGGACCGAUUUCCACGGUUUUGCAUUCGUUGGAAAGGUCUCGGGCUCCGUGAGGUUUAUAGCAAAGAAAAUUCAGGAAAAGGUAGGGUAGGGUAGGGGUAGGGUAGGUGUAGGGUAGGGGUAGUUGAAAGUUAAAUCGAGUUUCACGCGGACGAAGUCGCGGGCGUCCGCUAGUAUUAGUAUAGAUUCUGCGCAUAUAAACCUCAAUUAAUCGUUACCAAGAUUUGAUAGACCUUUCAAGUUGGUGCAAUUUAAUAUGAUUUAAUAGGGAUGAUGACAGUUUUUUAAAUUGUAUAUAAAUUAAGAGUAUACUAAUAGUAAAGCAAUUUUGUAAAAGUAACAGAGUAUCUGCGAUCAUUACUUUCUAAGGAGCUACAGGGAUUUAAAGAGUCAGAUUUGCGGCGCUGCCGCGGAUCUCUGAAAAACGCCCCAUACAAAAUGGCUCGAAAAAAUGACGUCAUAGGCAUGUAAUGAUCGUUAGAUUUGUAUGCGCGUUCAAACAAAAUUACUAAUAUCUUUGUUAUUUGUGCGUUUAUCUUUAUAGUUCAAAUAUUAAAAAAUGUCACAUUUAAUGUAAGGAAGCUAAAACUGUAUGAAUUUUCAUCUAAUUACGAUAAAAAAAAUUUAGUAGUUUUUGAAAUUUUAUAAUCUCAUUUAUUUUGCAAAUAUCCAGUCAAUCUUUGCUUUUUAUGUAUAAAUUAGUUAACAUUGACCCUAUUUACCCGAAUGUAUCAUAAAAAUCAAUAUAUUCAAACCUAGUCAUCAUCCCCAUUAUAAAACAGAAAUGUUGGGACUCUUAAAGUUUUAACAUCUCACUGGUCUAGACUCAUGUUGUCCAAAACUUAAUGUAAAUGCAAAUUAAACAUUUCUAUAUUGAUUUCUUGUUUUCUUUCUUCUCGUUCAUAUUUUUCCAUAUGGAUAUGGUAUCUACUACCUACCUGCUUAAGUAGGCUUCAGUCAAUGGUCUUAUAGUGAAAAGCUUCAACUGACAUCUUAUGAAUCAUUUGCUUAACUGCUGGAGUGCUGGAUCAAGGGUCGGAUACAAAAGGCAGUGAUUCUUGAGACGGCGCGUAUUGUAAGGAGGUUCCUCACU